GGAGAGACGGGGCAAAGCCUAGGAAUGAGUUUGGAGAGAAGCCCAGAUGCCCCUGGGGCAUCUUGCACAGGUACCUCAAAGGCGCCAAGGGACCGACCCAGCCGGGCUCCGCCCUUCCAAACUGAGUCUCCAAGGAAACGGAACUGGAAAGCGAAAGCGGAACCCGUUCACCUCCAGUUUAGCGCUCCCGCUGCUCGAACAUCUCCGAGGCCUGGCAAGUCGCUUUUCCCCGGGUUGCAGUGCAGGAAGGCGCGCCGAGGGUCCCGGAGCACGUGUCCUGCGCGGUCGCGCGCCCCGAAGUGGCCGUCACGGGCGCAGCAGGUCUGGCUCCCACGCGUGGGGAUACGGCCUCUUUUCUCACCCGCCCCUGCUCAAUAGGCAGGGACUCACGGGUUUUGUCCGGAAGGUGGUUUGGGCGGGACUGCGGUUAGGAGUGGGGGCGAGGACAGUGACCCAGAAAUGGAGGCUAACUACUGGAAGGAGCCAGUAAGAAGUGUCUGAGCUGAAGGCACUGGCUUGCUGUCCCUCUCUCCGUCAGAGCUAGGCCUUUGACCAGGGACCCGGGGUUUUGCCUAGAUGACUGUGUUUUGGAGCUGUUACAAUAGGAUCUGUGUGCCAUCUCAUCGUCUUGACUCAGCAACCGGGUGAAAGGCAGAGAUUCUGAGACCGUGCAUCUUCUGGACCAUCACCACCACUGGCUUAGUCAUUUUCUGAAUCCCGCUAUGGCAUCAGCGUGGAAGGUCAAAGAUCCUACAGUUGCUGAGAGAACAGUUGUAGUCUCUGGACUUCCAGUUGGCCUUUUAAAGGACCAGUUAGUGAAGUGCUACUUCCAAGACGAGGGUGGACAUGUGGAAGAGGUGAUAUAUCCAUCAAAAUCCAAAGGAGUUGCGUAUAUCAUCUUCAAGGAAAAGAAAGUUGCACAAGACUUCAUCAGACAAAAGAAACACCCUCCAGGCUCAGAGCCUCGGCUCACAGUCUCUCACUUCAGUGAAAAGGUCUUCAACUAUGUGAUGGCCAUUCUUGAUCUGUCUGUUUUUCGCACUCAAAUUGAGCUAGAAAGCCUAGUAGUGGACCUGAAAAAGAAAAUCCCAACUUUAAACUUUAGCCCAUUGGGACCCAGUGGGAAAAUCUCUGUGCAAGGUUCAUUUCUGGCCAUCAUGAAGCUCAAACAGGCUUUGAUAUCAAAAGCCAUUUCCCCUUUAGAAAACAACAGGAAAGAUGCUGGUGAAAGGAGAAACUGGAAUGGAGAGAACCCUAGAAGGAUCCUGCAGAAAAGGGAGAACUCGGCGUCGAUACUUGGGACCUUUGUAGCUGAGCCUGCCGGCAGCCCAGAAACACUUGUGCUUGACACAGACAUUUUCCUUUAUCUGAAACACAAGUGUGAGUUUUAUCAUCUAACACUGAGCAAAUACCAUGUCCUGUGUCAGGAGAGGGUGGAUGGUGACGUCACUACCAUUUGUCUACAAGACGCCCAGGAUGGGUCUUGCUCUGGCAGCGUCAGACAUGUGAAAGAAUUCAUUGAAGAGUGUGCCCAGGAGUUCCACCUUGAGCUCAGAAAAGAGCUACUGGUUUUGGAAGGAAUGGGAGAUAGAGAGAAAAGAAACAUUAGGCAGGCUUUAGAAGAACUGGGUGGCAGAUAUCCUAGAGUUUUGACCAACGUUCACAGCACACAUAUUGAUCUUAUAGGACCUCCUUCCGACACAUACCUAUUUAAGACACAGCUCAUGAAAUCUGCGGGGCAAAAGGUCACUUGAAGUCUCAGCCACAGUUAUCAUGGUCACUUCCCCUGCCCCUUCCCCAUCUAAGGUAUAGGAGAAGAUAAGAUUUACAGAUAUGAAACUACUUAUUCAAAGUUGCCCAGCAGACAACAACUGGGACUAGCAUUGAAUAAAAAGUAAUGUCUAAAUCAAACCUUGAAAAGAGAACUCACUAAAUGUUGAAGCAAUCUCACUUUCCCUCCAAAUCUAAAAUUAUUAGGAAAAGAAGUCUUCCCCUGCAUAGGUUUGUAUGACUUUUAGGCUGUUGCUAGCUUCUUGGGUUUUACAUUCACCCCACCCCACACAGCAUUAGAAUGUUGGUCAAGCUCACCUGGGAAGCUGUGGUUCUGUUAGAAUUGUGGGGGAAUCUUGGGAGAAGUCUGUGCAGUGGCUUUUGUGGGUGGUUCUUGCUUUACGAUAGUGUGGCGUCCAGAUGAGCAUUGUAAGUUGAAAACACUGUGAAUCAGCAAUGCCGUUAAUCCAAGUAAUGUGCAGAACACCCUAGACUUGCCAAACUGCCCACAGUGAAGAAAGGACUGCUUACCCUGGUUGCUGCGUUGACUGACAGCUCAGGCUCGCUGCUGCUGCUGCUGCUCUGCACUGCUAGAGAGCAUUGUACUGUGGAUCAGCACUUGCCUGGAAAAGAUUCAAUGUCUCAAGUAUGAUUUCUACUGACUCUUUAUUCCUCUUGCACCAUAAUAAAGUAAAACUUACAGAAAAUUAAA